AUGAUUCGCAGUGGUGUGGAAGGAUCAAUCAAAUUGACUGGUAAAACGUCUAAUGCCAGUGCGAUACUGAAUCUCUACUACCUCACAAAUGUUCAGAAGUACUUAGAAGCUCUUGUCGGCGCUGAUCAAGUGAUGCCACCUCGGAAAGCUCAAAUAGCGUUACGAUUUCCUGAGCUUGGUGAGCCUCAACACCAAGCCUGGAUCACACUUACUGCUUCAAAAGUCGCUUUAAUGCCAAUGGUAAACUUCGCGGGCACGAUGACGAGUGCUACAAACCUGACAGCGUAUAGGGAAAUGGUACUCUACCGGACCUGGGUACACCUGUAUAGCUCCUAG